AUGCCGGCAUUCUGUGCCUACGUUUCCUAUCUAUCUAUCUAUCUAUCUAUCUCAGUCUAUUCAUAUCUAUCUAUCUCUCCCAGUCUAUUCAUAUCUAUCUAUCUAUAUAUCUAUCUAUCUAUAUCUUCCUAUCUCUACCUAUAUGUCUAUCUCUCCACACAUGUCCGUGAACCAUCCAUAUUUUGCCUGAGUGUACUUACCUUCCGACUCAUAUGCUUCUCUAUCCGUCUAGAAUACACCAUAUGGGCGGCUGUAUUGAAUGCUCAAGAACAUCCUUUUACCCUCUCCUCCCAGUGUGCCUCUUACACCUCUUGCCCACGAGUGAUCGAUACAUACCUAACUCGCACCUUGGCUCACAGCCCACCUCGACAACAUCGAAUGGCCUUGCGUCUCUUUUCCUGCUGCAUGUCUUCACGCAUUUCUUAUCUACGUUUUUCAUCAUUUUUUCCCCUACCGCUGAACUUCGAACCUUACCCUAUAUAUCAAACAAGCCCUAUUAAUAAUACAGCCUCUCUUUCUCUCUCUCUCUCUCUCUCUCUCUCUCUCUCUCUCUCUCUUUCCGGCCUAAGUGAUGUAAUUUUUUCUUUCAUUUUCUUUUCCCACGUUUAA